AUGAGCAGUAUUAGGGACUCCGCAGGGAAAAAGUUUGGAUUUCCCAGUGUAGAACUAUUUGUUAAGGCAGGCAGUGAUGGAGAGAGCAUCGGCAACUGCCCUUUCUCCCAAAGGCUCUUCAUGAUCUUGUGGCUCAAGGGGGUCAUCUUCAAAGUAACCACGGUGGACCUCAAGAGGAAACCGGCCGAAUUGCAGGCUCUGGCACCGGGAACCAACCCCCCUUUCGUCACUUUCAACGGAGAGGUCAAGGUGGAUGUCAACAAGAUUGAGGAGUUCCUGGAGGAGAAGCUGGUCCCUCCACGGUACCCGAAGCUGGCAGCUCGGCACCCCGAGUCGAACACGGCGGGAAUAGAUGUGUUUGCCAAGUUUUCAGCCUUCAUCAAGAACGCGCGGAAGGAUACUAAUGAAGCCCUGGAGAAAGCUCUGCUCAAAUCUUUGAGGCGGCUCGAUGACUACCUGCGAUCUCCUCUUCCCGAGGAGAUCGAUGAGGACAGCAUGGAUGAGCCGGGAGAAUCGACUCGCAGCUUUCUGGACGGACCGGGGCUCACGCUGGCAGACUGCAACCUGCUGCCCAAACUACACAUCAUGAAGGUGGUGGCCAAGAAGUACAGGAACUUCGAGAUCCCUGCAGACAUGACAGGAGUGUGGAGAUACCUGCACAACGCGUACCAGAGAGAGGAGUUCAUCAACACCUGCCCUGCUGACCGCGAGAUCGAGAUUGCUUACCUGGAUGUUGCCAAACGGAUUAAAUAG